CUUAUUAAAUAGAAAAUUAUGAAGUAAGUGUAAACCAUGUCAAAAUUGCUCGCGACAUCAACAGAUCCCUACGGCAAAGCAUCAGAUGAUAAGAAAGUGCCAGAAGGAAAUGGGAUCUGGUCCGAACUGCUGAAUAAUGUCUCCAGUGGCCUUCCGAGCAGUGACGCAAAUGCCUCUUUCAGUCACGCCUCGAAUCAAAAUGAAGACAUGUCGAAUGGAGAUGUCUCUUUGAUGAAUGGAGACCAUACAGCGACAGACGACAGUAUAGCGACGGGCGGUGGUGGGUCUGCAGCCAAACUUAAAAGCAAACAUAUCCUUGUGAUCGGAGAUACGGAGUCAGGAAAGACUACUCUUCUGUCCGCUUUAAAAGGAGUCUCACCCACAUCAGCUGCCGAUAAAACUGCUUCUGGAAAGGGCUCGAAAUUGAUCAAGAGUGGCUAUGCUCUGGACUACUACUAUCUGGACGUGGAGAGUGAAGAGCUGGACAUGGAGGAGAGCAGGAAGUGCAGUGUGUGGGUGCUCAGAGGUCACAGCGGAGUCCAGAGUCUAUUACAGUCUUCCUACUCGGCCCAGAUGGUGCCCCAAACCCUCUUCACAAUUGUGCUGGACUUUUCUCAGCCAUGGAGGUUGAAACAGUCUCUGGAAAACGCGCUGCAGCACAUUCAGUCUAUUAUUUCAAAACUUGAAGUUGCCGAUGAUGUAAUAACGACAAUGAAGAAGAAACUCGAACGAAGGUUUCAAGUAUAUUGUGACAAUGAAGUGGAUGCAAAACAGAAGUCAAACACGAGUUCAGAUGAGUUACUUCCCUUGGGUGACGGAGUACUGACGGAAAACCUAGGUGUGCCUCUUAUGAUAGUUUGCACCAAAUUAGAUUCACUAGUCGACUUAGAGAAAUCCUACAAGUACAACGAUGAACAUUUCGAUUACAUCCAACAGUUCCUAAGAACAGAGUGUUUAAAACACGGAGCCUCACUUGCCUAUACGUCGAGUAAAGAUAGCAGGUAUCUUGCGGGUAUUUACAAGUUGAUUUUGAAUAGCUUGUAUGAGGUUUUGCCCAAAACUGGAACUCUAGCGUCAGUAGUUGAGAAAGACUCUAUUUAUGUGCCCAUUGGCUGGGACAACCUGCUCAAAAUCAAAACAGUCCAAGACAAUUUAAUCGGAGAAAUAAAAGUGGACGAUGUAUUUGAAGAUGUUUGCAAACAGCCAGCUCAAAUUGUGAGUAAGAGAGGUCAACAUCCAGAGGUCAGUGGGACGCCUCUAAUGGCAGAUGAAGAGCAAAUGUUCCUCAACAGGUCCCAGAGCGCACUCCAGAAACCAGUCCAGACCGGAACGUCAUCAAUCAUGAGUCCAAUGCGAGGGGGUGGCUCCUCCGGCAGUCGACCUCCUAUUUCGGCUACUGCGAACGGCGGCGAGGCGAACCUCCAACAGUUUUUCAACAGUCUUCUUAACAGUAAAUCAAGAGGCGGCGGAUCUACUAGUGGUAUGAGCAGUCCAGGAAGAAAUUCGACGGCAAUGAGUACUCCAGACCAAAGGCGAAUGACGGCGCCACCUAAAGCGAUUCUUCAACAGCAAUCCGGCGCUUCGACGCCAGUUAUGGCGAAUCCCGCUGCCACUGCAGUGACUCCGGGUCCCGCAACAAACGGUGCUUCGGAGACAGCGUAAAUUUAAAAUGAUGUAAAUAAACUUCCACCAAUCGAAAAUAGUGUUCUUAGCCAUUAAGGCCAAUUAUUGUGAUGAGUUUUACAACGCAACGCAUUACAGUGAUGUUUCGCUUCAAGUAGUUGAGAAGGAUAGAUGUUAUUUUUAUAAGUUUGAUUUAUUUUGACGUUUGCUUUGCGGGGUCUAUGCUUUUUUCUCAAUCAAUCAAUCGGCUGUUAAUCACAAACGCAGAGGAUCUCUGGAUUUCGAUUCUUCUGCUGUGCUGGCAUUGCUGUUAUUGUUUCAAGAAAUUCAAUUCGGUCGUCGUUUUCGUCAUCUUCUUUUCCAAUUUAGAAUACCUUCUGUUUAUAAUUUAAAUCAGUAGUAGUGACGGGAUAUAGAUGGGCCUAUUACCAUGUGUGUCGACUAGCAUAACCGUUAAAUCCUGUUUCUAAGGCGCUCAUGGCCUAUUCGAGAUAGUUGAUGACUGGUUACACAAAUCGGUGAGUGGUUAUCGACACACAUGCUAAUAGCUACGCCUCUCAAUAUUAGUGGUGAAAAGUUCGAAAUUGGAGCAGAUAGUUGUAUGUGUCAAUUGAGUUAUCUUAGUUGAAUUGUGAGCAUAAACUAACGUUUGAAUUUUUUUGAAUUAGAUUGACUCUUAUGGAAUGAUCAAAUAAAUAAAUAAAGAACAAAUUAGGCAUGAAGGGAAACUUUUUCGGUGGGAGAAGGAAAUACUUCUAAAUAAUUUUUUAAAUGUAUCUGUGAAAGUAGGUGGGAAAUAUUUUAUAACCCACUUUUAAAAAACUUAACCCGCUUUUAGAUAAAAUUCUUCU